AAAGUUGUUAACCCCCAACAGUAGCACUUUGGUGUCCACCUCUCUAGUUUCAGCUGCUUUACAUCGACAGGAAAACAGACUUUUCAUCGACCGAAAACGCUCCGUGACGGGCUGGAAAUCCACCGGAUAACGGCUGCUGUCGUCGGGAUACCGGCUCGGCGUGUGUGUUUGAGGAGAGAAGGCAGUUUGGAGGAGCAGCUGGGGCUAACGUUGAUGUUAGUUGGAUCCCUCUCUGCUUAGCUGCGUCGUGUUGACUAGCGUUUUUUUUUUUAUAACUUCUGACUUGCAGAAAUGUUGCUCAUCUGUGUGUAAACCCCGGACCCUCGCUGACCGAUCGACCCCCGGUGAGUAUUUUAAUGUAAUGUUUAUGAAGUUGUGUCGACGGUCGCCAGAAAGGCCCACCGUGAACAGUGUUGGCAUCAGAUGAUUUCAUACACGCAAUCAAAUUCCUGGCUGGUCAGCUGGACUCAGUUCAGCUCCCAAACACACCAGUCCCCCUCUCACUUUAUCAGCUUUCACAGCAAACAGGCGCUGAUAUCGAUCAAUCCAGUCUAUAGGGGAUUAUUUUCAUUCUAUAUCACAAAAAUCUACUUCACUAAUAGUUACAUUUAAGAGGAAAAGCCAAUAUCGGAGACCUGAUCCAGCCAAUAGGGAGAGGAGGCACCAGCAGAGUCCAUGAGGGCUUCAAAGUCUAUUUUACAGGGAUAUCAUAUGAGGGAUUUGCAUCAUGCUGCUUGUAAAUGUAACAUUGUUGGAUCAUAGGGCUUUGGGUGUGUGGCUAAACAGUGCCAAGCAGCUCCUGUGGUCUGUCAGGGAACUGCUUGGCCCUGGCCUGCAUGGGUCUGGAUCCUUCAUCAUAUUCCCUGUAUUAUCCAGGCGAUUCAAGGCAGGUUUAUUUAUAAAGCUGCUUUCACACAUGGAGCGAAUGAGGGCGCUUGAGUAGAAACAGAACAGUCUGAACAGUAAAGCUACUAUAGGGAGAUUUUGGAUCUUAAAGGGAUAGUCCGGCGUAAAAUUGAUUUAGAGUCAAACAGACCGUAACAGUGAGUUAGACACCCCCUUCGAGAGAUUAAUAUUGCUGACCGCUUGUUUCUCUAGUUAUACCAACUUAAGGAUCGACCACAGGAUAGCAAUACACAGCGGUCUGAGGAGCCAUAAACAAACCUCAACCAAAACACCACUCUAUAGCUACAAAUAAUGCUCAGAACAGCACCUAACUUCAUCAACAGGACAUAUAGGGUCACAGCCAUAGUACUAGACACCAAACAUCUUUUUAACUUUGACUCAUUUCUUUAGCAAAGGGACUAAACACAACUGACCUACUCUCUUCCAGCAGCCGCUUGUUUUUAGCGAGACCUCGGGUCAGUCCAUUACGGACAACAGCGGGGUGACACAGCUCAAGGAAGAACAUUUAUGAUCAUUUCUCCAUGGAAAUACAAUCAGACCGAGACUGUCCUGUUGAUGAAGUUAGGUGCUGUUCUGAGCAUUAUUUGUGGCUAUAGAGUGGCGUUUUGGUUGAGGUUUGUUUAUGGCUCCUCAGACCGCUGUGUAUUGCUAUCCUACAGUCAUUACUUAAGUUGGUAUUGCUAAAGAAGCAAGUGGCCGGCAACAUUAAUCUCUUGAGGGGGUGUCUAACUCUGUGUUACGGUGUGUUGGAUCCUAAAAUAACUUUAUGCUGGAAUAUCCCUUUAAUGACAUAGAUUAUAAUUCUUAUUGUGUCUAAAGGCAAACAAGACCAUUGGGGGCUACACUGAAGGUUUUUUUACUGGCUGAGAACUAGGGGGGUAUGUGUCAGCUGACUGUGUCAACAUAAAAGUCUCACUUUGACUGUCAAAACUCUGCAGAAUGACAAAAGUCCCUAUUUACAUGUAAAGGAAAACAAAGGCUGCUUCACAGGGGGCGCCAAAAGUAACACAAAAUAAACGUUCCUCAUAGUAGCUUUGGAUGAAAACAAAUUAUCCGUGCAUGUUCUCAUUCAACCAGGCCAUGGUUUUCCAUUUCUUCGUCCAAAGGGCAACUGGACUUGCUUGAGGUUCUUGUAGGCGAAACUUCAAGGGCUUCAAGAACUUAAAGCAAGCCCAGUUUAGACCAGGUCCAAUUCUUUAACACAGAAUAGGAUUCUCUGAAUUCUUUCUCUGAAAUCCUUGAGGUCAAACACUCCUUUGUGUCUUUUGUACCUCUUUACUUACAUGGACUCAAAUCUGGCAAGAGGAACUAAAAAAUGUUGUAAAGCUGCCUUAUAGUGACUUGUAGUGGUUGUUGUCCUCUGAUUAGUUAAUGAUUCUUCAUAAAAGCAGAGGAGUUUGUUUUACUACACCAGCUCUACCAGGGGAUGUUUAAUUUAGAGAAGCACCAGGAACAGAGUCUCUGGGGUUGUGUAAACUCUGGGCAUUUAGGGACAAACCCCGCCCUCAUGGGACAUUUGCAGGCCAGCACAAGGUAUGUGAGGUAUGAGAGAGCUGUUUGUUAGCAUAUUCACCAAUCACAAGAUCUUCAAAACAAGCUCGUCAGAAACAUGUGUGUAGAGAGACAAACAAGUUUCAGACCAACAACAGGCUGUAAACAUGUUAACUUUUUUAAAUGAGUGUGUAUGUGGUCUCUGCUGCUUCUGCAGACAGCCUCAAGUGGACGCUCAGGGAACUGCAGGUUUUUGGCACUUCUGCAGGGGCAUCAUUUCUCAGGACCAGAGGCUGCUGCUUCAAUAACAUGUUGGCAUCUACUCCACAGCGUUACAGACUGCUACAUGGGAAAUCCUCAACGAUGACUGUCUUUAGUUUUGAUGGUUUUUGACUCGAGUCUUUGGGCAGAUUUCACCUGGGGUCUGGUUUACGAUGAAAACUUUUUGAAGUGUUAGAAUAUGAACGGGCCAACAUCAGAAAAACAACUUGACAAAACCAGAUGUGAAUGUUAGACACUAGAUGUUCAGCACCUGGACUCUUUUUUGUCCUGCUCACAAGCCUCUGUGUGUUUCAUCUGUUAAACAUGUUUUAUUUCACAUCUUUCAGGUCAUCAUGGCGGCUUCAGUGGAUUUAAUAGCGAAAGGACCGCCUUGGUUCUUAUGGGUGGACCCUGGAUAAACCCAAUGUCACCAACAGGUAAGAUUAUGAUUUCAACUGAUCCUUCUGACCUUGACUGAUGCUUUGUGGCACUCUGGAGUUCAGCCGCUGUUGCUGUUUUCAUUUCAAGCUUGAGUCUGUUUCUUUUCAGUCCCCAGAGUCUAUGAGGUCUCUGUAGAAGCUGAACUCAGAGUCCCUGAUUGAAUCUCUGCACAUUGAGUCUUUUUACAACACUCAUGUUUUUGCUCUGAAAGUCUGACCCUUUACCUGUCAGACCAGAAGAGGGAGACAUUGUUCAGGUGGUUGCCAUGAUACCCUUCACCUGUAGUAAACAGUUUGUUUCAGGUCUGCUGUGAUAGAGAAGGUUCAGCUUCUUCUGUGGGGUUUAAGGUGUUGGUCUGCUGUGAAACCUGAGCAACUCUUUGUCUGUUUAUGGAUUAUGUGGCUCAAUUUUCCAGACAAACUAAUCAGAAACAGAGCAGUAAUCAAUAAUUGGUGAUAGUAUGUGUGUUGUAAAAUGAGUAUUUGUUGUUUUUGGCUGUUAGAACUUAAAAAAGGUGGUAUUGUAGGAUUGAAUUUAACUUGCAGUACACCAUAAAUACUUAUAAAUGCUUGAAAAUAAAGAGAAAAAAAAAUUGAGCACAAAGAAAUUUAACUCAAACAACUAAAGAGUUCUGAAAACAAGAAGGAAAGAUUAUGCAAUUUACAAAAAUGGUGAAAUAAAUGCAGAAUUAGGAUGUACAAAAUAACACAGAACAUGCAUUUCAUGAAAAAAAUCUGAUUAAAUCACAGAUAAAAUUAAAAGAGUUGUCCGCAUAAUAUUGAGAAAAUGGGCGGUGAAGCAAAAUGCAAAAAAAAUUAAAAUAUAUAAAAAUAAUCAGUACAGAAUUGUUGACUUUUUUUUAUUGUUAAAGCCUUAAAACUUUAUACAAAAUAUGUAAAAGAAGACACAUUUGAGCGACAUCAACUGUGUGAGAUAAAUAAGUUAAAAGGUGUAAUAUAGUGUUUCUGAUAUUUAUGUAUGUUUAAAUUUAAAGAAAUACACUGCAUGGGUGAUAAAAAUACAGAUUUUAACACAAAAUGUUAAUGCAACUUUUUUAAAUUAAUAAAAUAAAUAUAAAUUAUAAACGAUUUAAAUUUAUGAAUUUAGGUUGAAAUUAAAUUUAAUCUCGUAACGAAAUAAAAGUUCGUGUGUUUUUCAUAUAAGCGCAUUAUACCUGUGUCAUAUUUUUAAAUGUCAGUUAAAAAAAGAGUUGUUUUUUUGGUGUUUAUUUCGGCCAUGUCUAAUGUUUAUCUCAAUAAUACAUGUGUAUGUGUGGAGUUAGUUUGCCAGAAAAGGCCCCCUUCCCCCCACCCCUGCAACGCGCAAGCGCUCGGGAUCGUGUGGGAAUGGUCGGUCCACGAACUGGGGGUUGGACCGCUCCGAGCGAAACAGAGCAAAAGAGUUUUAAAUGUCCGCCAUGUUGUCCAUGGCGCACUGAACCAACGGUAGGGAGCGGAGCGUCGGAAAAAAACAGUCCGAGAGAGAGCGACCGAGAUCCGGGCCUUCCCCCGGCUCCGCUGGCGACGCCCUAAAUACAAGCUACAACCACUCGAACGUUAGAACAGAGAUAACCGCACAGAAACAUCCAUGAAAGCUCCACUCGGUACCGUGGUGAAUAUUAGGAGAUCCGGUAGAUUUAUAUUGCAUCUCGACGUGUGAAAAAUGAGUAAAUUGUCGUUUCGGGCGCGGGCGCUGGACGCUUCCAAGCCUCUACCCGUCUUCCGCUGUGAGGAUUUACCCGACCUACACGAAUAUGCAUCCAUUAACCGGGCUGUGCCGCAGAUGCCGACGGGGAUGGAGAAAGAAGAGGAAUCGGUAUGGUUUUAUGGUUUAAAAAUGUGAAAAUAUGUGCUGGGGUUUAUUUUUUAUUUUUGAAUCAUCACAGGCGUCCCUCUUUUUUUCUGCGCAAGCUUUCACAAAAUGGCCGCCAAUUUUCUCAGAAGAAACACGACGGAUUUCAGCCGUUAACGGCCGCCCCGGUGGACACGGCGGGUUGUUUGGGCUGCGCGGGGAUACAUUGUGUCGAUUUUGGAUAAAAUUGCCCGGUUUGGCCGGUUUAUUUAUGUGUGAGGUGGUUUUCAGAGUACAAAGGAGUCAUGUGACUUCAGCUAUUCCGACAUUUUGUCUGGUCUGUCAGUAUCGGGCCUUGUGUUGGCGUAAUAGCGAAGGACUGGGGAAAGGGGGAGCUCGUGAUAUCAGAUAAUACUCUGACCGGCCAUAACAUUAGGAACACCUGGGCAAGCUAAUCCAGCACAGUGUAACACAUCUGUGGUGACUUUUACUCUUAUUAAUGCCAGUGUCUGUUGUCAUGGUUACACAGGAAUACAUGUUCAGACUGUAGUUGGGUUCCGUGAUAUGUUUGGAGGCCUUACGUUGAACGGUGUUCCUAAUAUUCUGACCUUCUUAUGAAGUGGACAAAGUGUUAGUAACACCUCUCUGUUUAAACAUUUUCCAGCACCCUUUCGUUUAAAACGACAGAUAUAAAACACAAUAAUGACCCGUGUCUUACUAAAGCUGUUGAAAUGGAUUACAUUAGAGUGCACAUGUGUUCUAAUGUUUUGUGUCCCUCGUGUUUGCUAACGAACUGGACAAAAUAUUAGGAACACAUUUUAGUUCGUACACACUCAAGCACCCAUUUUCUUAAAAAUUAUGGAUGUAAAGCUCAAUAAUAACUUGUGUCAUACUAAAGAUGAUGAAAUGGAUUGCAUGAGUGCCCAGGUGUUCCUAAUGUUUUGGCUGGUGUGUGUUUAUGGUUUUUAAGCUAACAGCAGACACAGAUGUCAACACUGUUGCUAUGCAAAGAUUUCACACACUUUCUCUGUCAGUGUGAGUUGAAUAUAGUGUUUGUUUGUGUCUUCAAAGAUGACCCUCAUUUAACUUAAGUUAGCUGUUAGCAUCACAGAGUUGUCAGCAGCUCCUCGUGUUCAUUUGCAGGGCGGCUGAUGUUGUUUAUCCCUAUUUGUAUUUGCAGUACAGCUGCUGUCAUUGACUUAGUGCAUUAAAAAUAACUAGAGUUGAAGCUGUUAACUGUCUGUAUAAGUGCCUUGCUUGUGUACUUUGUACAGCCACAUUAUUAAAUGUCCCAGCUUAAUCUGGAGAGGUUUCUCCUCAUUUACAGACCUCCCUCUGGGGACAUGUUGGUCUUUCUGGAUAGUGUUGUCAUCUGAAUUAGCAUCUGUCUGGUUUCUCAGUGCUGACUUUUUGAUUUCCUAGAUAAUACAUUUGCUUAUUUGUGUAUUUUAAAAACUCUGCAUUCCAUUUCUACAGAUAAUUAAAAGCCUUUUAAUAUCUUGAGGAUUUUUUUUUAGCGCCAGAAAUGAAGGUUCAAGCACAUGUGGACUGUUAGAUCAACAAAGUCAGCCCCUUGUUCUUGCUGCGUCCCUCCUCAGUUGUUGUUGUUGUUGAUGUUGUUAUCUGGAGGAUAUUGGAGGUUGUUUAUCACAAAUUAUCCCAGGGGGAAUUGUUCCCAUUUGUGCUUCCUUGUCACGUCAUUCAUUAGAAAGCAGACGUCAUUCUUGGCCCCCAAAGCAACAAAUCAGUUUAUUUCCUUUUAGCUGAGCAUGCUGGCCUGGCUGGUGUUUAAAUCUGAGAGAAUAACAUAACUGUGGCAAACUGUAAGUAAUUCUGCAGCCAGUUUGCCUCCAGGCUCCUGUGCACGCUCAGUGUCAGGGGUUCAGUGUGUCAGAUGGCACAGCAGGCUGGCAGACCAGCGGCACGUGGCGCUCAGGAGGAGAUCAGGGCAGCGGGAGGAAAUGGAGGAGAGGAGGGAGGAGGAGGUUUUAGGGGGGCUGCUGUCACUUCAAAGUCUGUGCUCUGCUCAGCUGGAGAGCACGGCUUAUGUAAGAAUCAUAUUAUCAUAAGAGGUAGGCCAAGGUCUGCUGCAUGCCAGCCACUCACUGCUCGCAGCCGUCUCUGUUUUUGAGUCUGAACCUCGCUGGAAAAACACUUUGAGUCAGCGGUGGCGGGUUCAAGAGUCCUAACCCACGCUCUGUGUGUUUCUGUCUUUAGUUUUGAGGACCUGUGCUGGGAGCUGAUUCUGUGAUUCAUUGUUGAUCUUACAGGAAAUCGUCUCUGUGUAACCCACCGAGCCUGUUACCACCUCAACCACUCAGUGUUCAGUGGUCUGCAGGGUGAGUGUGUGGUGUCCCAGCACGCAGCUGAUCGGAGGCUUUUAACGUCGAGCUGUUGAACCUGCACCACAGAGCCACUCGGAGGUUCAGGCUUUUCUGUAGCUUUUUUAGAAAGCAGUCCCAGCCCAGUGUAGGGUUUUAGUUUACCGGGUGUGUGUGUGUGUGUGUGUGUGUGUGUGCAGCCCGGGUUCAUUCACCAAAGAGCCGACAUCUCUGAAAACUCCCGAGCACGUGCAGCCUGUUUGUUUUGGGACCGACACUUUGUCUUGUGUUUACGUUUGGGUGAAAGUGAGGUCAGUGUCUGCGGCUGGUGGAAACCCACAUGCAUCUGCUGUGCUCUCCUCUUUGGCAGACACACUCCUUGUACUCUUAUUCACACACACACAGAUUUCCUGGCAGGGUCCCAGUUUCUCUCUGUGCGACCUUGCUGAGUGGGAACGUGGAUCAUCUCACCUGUCCAAAGUCUCCGCAGCCGUCCCGCUGUGAAAGUGAAAGUGGCUUUUGUCAGCUGUUCCCCUGCUCCAAGCUUUCCUCUCACCGCAGACAGCUCUGUGCUGACGUCUGUGGGCAGCGUGGGAAAUGAACACCAGCCUCCAGGCAGGUUCCUCAUCCAUGUCUGCCAAGGAGGACAGCUGUAGCUGAAACACACCUGGGAUUGACCUGUGAAUGUGGGGAAAUCCAGGUCCAGAAUGGAGGACUGUACUCACGAACCAUUCAUGGCAGCAUGUGUAUAUAUAGAGAGUCACUGCUGAUCUUUACACCUGCAUAGAAACUGAUCUGUUUGAUUGAAGACGUUACACUGAGAGGUCCUAUAUUGUCCUGAAAACAGCCUGAGAGAAGUGAAGCAUGCCCUGUGAUGAUCAUAACCCCGAGUAUCUGCUCCCUGUGUGCUGUGAAGAGUCGGUUUAUUGGCUCGUAUUUGACAUCGACUGGAUAUUUAUGAAGAAACAUUCAGUUUGUGGUGAAGGGAAACUGUUGAAGCCUGAAUAUCAGGGUGUAGGGGUACUAAAGUAUAUGACACACAUUCAAAACUGAAGAACUUUGAUUGUAAAUUAAACAGACCAAACAAACCGAACAGUUAAUCAGGUUAAAGUGAGGUAUGAAAUGAGAACCCGCUCAGCUCCAAAUGCAGGCUGAGUUUCUGUAUGAGUGAAUCUCAGAGGUCAGUGUGUUAGUAGUCAUACAGAAAUAUCUGCUGAGUUAUCAAUAACUUUGAUCAGUUUCUGCCCAGUUUGGCAGAGCUGCAGUUUCUCUCUCUCUCUCUCCUGCUGCUGUCUGCAUGUCGGUGCUAUGCAGGGAUGGGCUGAGUCACACAGGAAAGAUGCUGUGAUCAUGCUCAGUCAGAGCGCUUAAACUGUAACACACACACACACACUAUAGAGUCUAAAACUCAGAUGUGAACUUUGCUUGAGUUUCUAUCUCAGGAGGUUUUGAGGUGAUUCAUUGAGACGUUUCAGUCACUUCUAAACUGAGCUCUGCUGUUUUGAAUUUGUAGUUUCUCACCAAACAGAAGAGCUUUUCCAAAUGUGCAAUCGUCAUCGAUAUGAAUGCAUGUAUCAUUACCAUUUAAAUAUGUAGAGUAGACAUGCAGCAUCAGCAGAUAUGAAGAUUUCUGCAGGUCCAGUUAUCAGCCUGAGGAGUGAAGCAUUAAUCAUCAUGCAGCGACAGUUUCUGACAGUUUCAGAGACGUGUUUUGAAAGAAGCAGACGGUGAAAGGAUGGUUUGAUGUUUAUAUUUAGGAGGUUUGUUUGUUUGUUUGGUCUGGCUCUAGAAUAAACAGACUGUUAUAGUGAGAGUAGCAGGUAACUUCUGUUACCAUGGAAACCUGAUCUUUGAUGGUGUAUAUAUCAGUACUGGUCGGCAUGUGUCAGAGAAACUCACUGUAAUAUGUAAAUCCUGCUUUGACCUUGAAUUAACCUCUAUUAAAAUCAGAAUAGUUUUAAUAACCUCUGAUCGGUUCCUCUGAGUUUCCGUCCUCCACAGUCUGGAGUUGCAGCGUCGUCCCGCCCCACUUUCACAGGGCGUUAAAAAAAACCCUCCUCUCCCACUCGUCAUAAAACCUGCCUCGGUGGUGCAGCGGUGCAUCCCUCGACAGCCCCGCUCCACCGUCCCCCUGUGGCUGUCCAUCAUGUUAAGUGGCAUUUACAGUGUCUGGGACAGUAGCCGUCAGAGGCGAGAAGAGGCUCUGGCUGCCUCAGCAGACCUGACAGUGAUCGAUGUGGUCAUUUUAGAAAGGCUAUUUCUGGACUCCUGUGUGCAUGUGUGAGACAGCCAGAGCGCCGUGUGUCAGGGCCCCGGCUAAUGCUCAGUAUUCUGACCGCUCACCUCAAUCUACGUCCAUUUAUUCUCAGGCAAACAGCCACGGCCGGGAGAGUAAACAAACACAGCGCUUGAUUAGGUUUGGCAGCAGACGUGUUUUCGCUCAGGGCCGUUUUGAUUUUCGCAGUUUUCCCCUCAUUGUGGAGAGGCCUGAGGAAGUCUGUGCGAGGGUUCGGCCGACCGCUGCGGGGGUGAUUGGGCUGGAAUCAGAUAAGAGUGAAUGUACAGAGGAGGUCACAGCCUACGCCACAGAAAGGUUAAAUAGUUCAGAGUUUGGACCAGCGAACAAAACAACUUCAACAACUCAGGGAGCGGCUGGAACCUCCGAACAGAUCGGCCCAUAAAUGUGGAAUCAAAUCAUCGGCCCGGGUGGAACAGAUAGUCGGUCCAAAUGGUGCUGAAGAAGUCAGAACUGUGGGCGGGAAUAAAAACCAUUAAAGUUGGAGGACUGAGGGUUUACCUGAGGUCAAACUCGGAGUUAAAGUGCUCUUCAUGUUACCGUUCAUUCACUUUACCUGAGAGAAGUCUGAAUUGGACUGAAACACUCAGAUGUCACUCAGUAGAUGCUGUUAAAUACUCAUCAUAGUUGUUUCCUCCUGCUGUUUUCUGGCUGUUGAAUGAAAUAAUCCAGACUGUGGUUCAUGUAGAUUCCUUCAGCAUUGAGAAGAUAGUUUCCUUGUUCUGCUGAACUCUUACCUGAUGUCACCCUGAACAAACAGGUUUUCACUCCUCAGUCAUGCAGGUCAAACUAUUACACUAUAAUGUUGUUACAGUUACAGAGUUAUGGGGCUGUUUAGAAGGGAAGUUGGUUCAUUAUUGUUGAUGAUGAUGAUCAUGUUUGGAGUCACCUCAGGAGACUCUGAUUCAGAUCAGCUUCAACACCAAAUUGAAACUGAGUAUCAGUGAUUAAAAGACCUUUUUUUCACAGUGAUGUAUGUCCUCAGCUGAUCGUUCCUGCGUGGGAAAACAGUUUAGGUGGAGACUGAUGACUGCAGCUGUGAUACAAACAUAGACAUACAAGAAUACAGAUGUUAAUAGUUUCUGAUAGAGUCGUCCUAUUUGGAUUAUAAUCUAAGAUCAAACCCACCCUGUCCUGUGAGUUUACUGUGAGGUUUGUUCAUUAAGAUCUAAAGGAGUCGUUGUAGGAAUCAGAGCUGUUCGUUUGUGCACAGAGGUGGUUGUUAGUUUACAGUGAAGCUUCUAAGAGAAGUCAGAGUGUCUGUAAGAAACUACAUCAGCAGUCCUGGUGAAGUUUAUGACCCGGUCAGUUGACUUCAAAACGGAGACUCUCUAACAACUUUAACUUGGACCUGCAGCUUUGACUAAAACAUGAACGUGUGAUCGAAGGUUCUGCUGGUUUAGUCUUCAUGGCUCUUCCAUGCUGCCGUAUGUCUUUAACCUCUGCUGCUCCUCACCUGCAGUGUGUGUGAAGCAUAAAGGUGUGAUAUUUGGGAAAGGUGGUUCUGAUUCUUCCUCAGAUGAUAUAACAGACAGAUGUGUCAGUCUAACACAGAGCUGUCAGGGUGGAACAGCCCAGUGUGUGUGUGUGUGUAUAUGAGACAUUCAUCAGCCCUGCCUCUUCACACCCCUGCUCCAUAUACUCCCACAGUGGACGUAGAUAUCACGUCAGACACUUCACCUUUCAGUUCUCCCAUUAUUGAGUUUUGUGCUCGAUGAUGAGAAGAGCUGCAGAUGUUUUGAAACAGGUCCUUCUACAGUAGAAAUCAAGAAUAAACAAAAACGAAUAAAACACAUCUCACAUCUGUGAAUCCGGCUGAUCCUGAAUCCGGCUGUUUAUCCACCUGUGUUUUGAACACCUGUGGUGAUGCCACGGCUGCUUCUUGGUGGCUGUUGAUCAGAGCAGGUUUGACUCCUGCAGUGUCACUUCCUCAGCACAGACUCAGACUUUGUUUUUGACUCAUUCACUCGCUCUCUUUGUCUCCCCCUCAGCACACAGACUCUCUCCCGCCCCCCCCUUUUCCUACUCUUGUGUCUCUGACAGCCGCAGGGAAAACAAUAAACACACACCGUCUCCUCAGAGAGCUGCUGUACGAGGCCGACAGCACGCUGCCUUGUUGACAGACCGCCUGCCUGUGGCUCAGCGCCUGUUUUAGAGGCCAAAGGCUCUACUACUACCACUGACUGCGACUGUGCAGACAAGCAGCCCGCCAGCAAACCAGUCAGUCAGCCAUCCAGCCUGUCUGCCCUCGCUGCUUCAGGCACAUUAGCCCUCAGCAGGCUUGGCAGCAGCCCGCUCUCAUCACAAUAACGGCGGUUAGAUAAGGCCAACUGACAAAGGGUCGGAGACAAAUAGAGUCACGUUCUCUCUCCGUGUUCAGACUCUGAGAUGAGGGUGACGGGCUGGGGGGUCAAAGUUAACUCUAGACCUUCAUGUUGACCUCCUUAGACUGAAAUCUCAGAGAUGUAUCACAGAGGAACGAAGCUCUGAGCAGCUUUAGCACCAGUGUUUUGAUCCAGUCGGCUCCCUCUCCGGGUGUUUUCAUAGAUAUUGUCUGGGUGCCAGAUGUUGCUCAAUGCGUAGCUGGAUAAUAGUGCGUUUCAGUCUGCAGGUGUACAUUAGGCUUGUUUCUACAUGAGUCACUUUGUUAUUCCUUCCCAGCGUUCACUCUGUCAGACCGUCAUCGUCGGUUUGUUUGGGGGGUUUCCUCGGUCACUGUUUGAAAAGGUUUGUUGGGUUUAGGGUUGAUGGAUCUGCUUUUAUCGUGGAUCAUGUGACUGAAACUUAAUGAGGAUCUUUAAUCUAGACUCUGAGCACAGUCCAGCUUUAGGUUCAUUUACUCACAGGUACAGAUGGAGUCUACUGUCUGUACUCUCCAUCAUCUCUAUUUCUGCAUGUCCUCUCCAAGCUUGCAGAUACAGAUCAAAUGUAGAAGUACCACCAGAGGUUCUGGGGUGAGUAGGGUCCAUAGUUCAAACCAUAGACAGUAGAUGAGGUAGGGAAGAGGGAAGAGGGAGCAGGAAAGGAACCACAAGCUGGACACGACCCGAGCUGAACACCAGCCUCCACAAACAGGGUGUGUGCACAGAACGAUCAGUCAGUCAGAGUGACGUCGUUUCUGUUUGUCUGUGUCUCUCAUGUUGAUGUGAUGGAGGUCCAGAACUUCAGAAAAUCAGCUCUCAUUCACUGUGAAAUAGUACAGCGAUUGCACCCCAUUGAUAAUCAGAACUGAUCAGUACUGAUGGUUCACAGUCUACACACAGACAGUGUGAUUAUACUGAGCUGGUCCAAACGUCUUCUGUAAUAGUUCCACUGAAAUGAUGCAGAUCAUGACUGACGCUCCAGAAUACUGACCAUCUUCUGACGUAGGAGCGUGACGUUCUCCUCUGAUAUUAGUCAGCAUGGCCUGAACAUGAUGAUACUGAUGUUUACCUGACACAUUAGUGAGUUCCUGUUUGACUCAGACCAGGAUCCAGUUUCAGGUCAUCCUCUGUGUUUGAGCAGGUCAGAGGAAGUGUUCCUGCUCUCUCUCUGCAGGGUCUCAGUGAAUCACAUCCACUCUUUUUUUAGUUAUGUGUGGUUAGUGUUGCCACUCUCCUGUAGCUGUAUUUGCGUGAGUAAAUGGAUGUUGUACCUGAACAGCAGUCUGGAGAAAGACAAUACUGACACAGUGAACUGUUUAACUUCACCCCUUCAGCCAGUAGAGUCUGAGGAGAGGAGUAUUGAGAAAAGUUAAUCAUGCAGCCUGUGCAGAUGUUGUUGGUGCCCUCCAUGUUUUUCUCUUAAUUAUAGAUCACUCCUCCUCAUGCAGCCAAAUUCAGACUCUGAAGUUUGCGCAUCCUCGUCUCAGAGUCUUCACAGGUGGACUGUUACCUUUCUCAUGCUCAUGUUAGUUUAAAGCAGAGCGAGUGUUUUAGGAAACACCAACAGCUGAACGUUUUUCCAUCGAUCUGCGAUCACCAAAGGUCGAACCAUGUCGACUUUUGUUCAUCUUCAUAUCCAGUUUGGAACAAACUUCACCUCUUGUUUUGAACCCGGUGCCCUACCUCUGUGAACACCUGUGUGUGAAUGCUUUCUGUCGACCUCUAGACUCCAGUGGUCCGCGUGUCUCACCUCCCUCUGUCUCUCCGCAGGAACACCAUCUCCAGCGGGCCAUCUCGGCGCAGCAGGUGUACGGCGAGAAGCGGGACAACAUGGUCAUCCCGGUCCCCGAGGCAGAGAGCAACAUCACCUACUACGACUCCCUCUACCCUGGGGACUACAAGAUGCCAAAGCAGCUAAUUCACAUACAGCGUAAGUAAAUCCUCUUCUGUUACAUGUGUGUGUGCGGGUGGAUAACUUUGAGAGUGUAAAUCUGGUUUGUCUGAGCCUGUAACUGGGGGGUCAUGUUGAGAGUUCAGAGUCUCCCGUCAGCUCAGACUCUGGUUGAUUUCUGGAUGAAUCUGCAGUUUUUGGUGGGUGUGGUCAGCUGUGUGAGACCUUGGACUGGAUCAUGAAGGGGUUCUGCUGGUUCUGCUGGAUGUCGGUCCCUUUAACAGCAGCAGGCGGGUGUUUUAUGAGCUCUCACUGACUCGUCAUGUGUUUGUCAGAGUAAAUGAGUUUGUGAGAUCGGGCCGUUCAGUAACCAUAUCAGAGGAAAAUGAGUCGGCUCUCUGACUCGGUUCACAAGUGGUUUCUGCGAUGGUUCUUCAAAAGGGAAGCAGAGACGUGUUCUCAGUGACAUGACAAAGAAAUCCUGGACUGAACAGUCGUGAACUAACAUCCAGACGUUUCUCUCAGUUUUCACUUUAUAACAGAGGAAAGCAGAUUUGUAUGGACAGGAUCAUCAGUCAUAUUUAAUUCCUGCAGUGUUCUCGCUCUUUAAGCCUCAUCAAUAACUAUACUCCCAAUCUGCCAUCUGCACUUUUCUCAAAGGCAGCUCAAUAUAAAAACAAUUUCUGUCUCAAUUAAAUCCGAGUUUAAACCAAAGUGUGGUUCGCUGUGAGUCUGGAGGCUUUUGUUUGGGAACAAUAAAGGAAAUUUAUCGAUUUAAAAUCACAGAGACUCAGUUUGAGAGAGUUUUUUUCUCAGAGGAACUAAAGUUUACAUUUUCUUCUCAGUUGGUUUAUAAUCACGUCAACAUCAAACUCAUGAAACGUGCAGAAAGUCACACGUAAGGGUUCGUCUGAGAGGCUGAGGAUGGAGCUUUAAAAGUCCUCUGUGAAACUGUCCGCUCAGAGUAAACAGGCGGUUCUUCUUCUUCUCUGCGUGAUCCUCACACCCUCAGAUGUCUGCAGGAGUAAUUAUCCCUGAUCAUCGUGGAGUUUGUCUCUCACCUGAGGACCCCACAGACAGACACUGUCAUAUUAAAGUUUGUGUGAACUAAGAGGAUCAGACUGAGCUCAGGACCGUCGUCUGCAUCAGUCUCUACUGUUGUCAUGGUGGACAGAAACGUCUUCUGUUCAUGUCUGUUCUUCAGCUGUUUCAUGUCUUCACACCGACUCGUCUGCAGGAGAAUUCCUCCUCAGUUAGAAAUGUUUGGGUCUAAAAAUCAGCCGUAUGUCGUCUGGAGCUGACUGAUGGUGUGAAGUGCAGCUGAUGUUUGAACCAGAUGUCCUGGUGUAGCACUGUGUGGUCUCUGUGUAACGGCUGGUGUGUGGAUGAAUGGAUGAUCAGCACAGGUUUGUGGACUUGUUGGAGGACUGAGGUCCGGUGCUGUCAGGAAACCCGUCCGACAUUCACCCUCAGACUGAACCAAUCAGCCUCGUUGGAUUACCACUCAGUUUUUCCUCUCUAAUGAUCAGUAAAAACUCCUCCCUGUAGCUUUAAGUAGCUGGUUUCUCAGCUCACAGCUCCCCAACAAACAGAGAAACACCAACUGUAAACACGUUCAUAUCUGAGUGUUUUAAAUGUGUUCAGAUGUUCAUGCAGAUACUUGAGGUGGUGAUAAAACCUGCUGCUGCUGUUUCUGAUUGGAUCAGGACAGCUCUGUGUUUGAUCUGAAACACACUGACUGACUGACUGACUGUGUGGGUGGAGACCUUGGCUCCGUGUGGGAGAGUGUCACUGACUGUGAACGUCUCUGUGUGACCCUGAAAACACUGAAUAAUCACGUUUGGGUUCUUCAGUUCAGAUGUGGGUUUGAGGAGUCUGAAAGUGGGACUCUGACGAUGACGUUUACGUGAACCUGGCUGGAAACUCUCUGCAUGUGGAGCCUCCGCUCAUUAUUGGACCAAUUAACUAAGUUUACUGUGAAGCUGGAGGUCAAAGGUGACGCUCACCUCAUCGCUGUGAAGUGCUAAGUUUUCACAAAUGUGAUUGUCGUUUCUGCGGGUUGAUUUGCGUUUUCCUUAAAUGUUCAGGUGUCACACACUGUUUCUAUCUCUGUGUAGAAACUGAGAAGAUGCUGUGAAGGUGUGAGGGUCUGCUGCAUGAUGUUUCAGAGAAGUCAGUGUGGAGGAAAUGUGCAAGAGAGCGAUUUAGUAACCUGGUUGAGGCGAGGUGACGAAAGCUCAUGACGGCAGACUCCUUCUGAGUCUCUCUGAACCAGCUGGAGGCCGUCAGUGAAGGUCUGCUGUUUUUUUUAGGAUGAUGGAGUUACCUGCUCGGCUCACCCGAGUACAGAUGCUGGCAGCGUGUUGAAGUGUGUCACAAUCGGUGUUUACCUUCUACCUCAGCACACUUUGUAAAUGCAGCAGUGCUUCUCCAGGUUCCUGUUCACGGUCGGGUUCAGAACUUUAGUAGAACCUUUUUUCUGAUCUUCUUCUCUCCUGUCAGUGACCUAACUCUGUUUCCUCUCCUGCAGCUUUCAGCUUGGACGCAGAGCAGCCAGACUACGACCUGGACUUGGACGACGAGGCGUUUGUCAUCAAGCUGAAGAAGAAGAUGGAGAUCAGUUUCCUGCAGUUCGAGGAGAUGAUCGACCGUCUGGAGAAAGGCAGUGGACAGCAGGUGAGUCCUUCUCUCCUCACCUUAGAAAAACAGACACAUUAAACAGUUUCACCUCCACCCUCACCAUCUUCUCAUCUCCUGUCUGUGUCCCUCAGCUCGUGAGCCUUCAGGAGGCCAAACUGCUGCUGAAGGAGGAUGACGAGCUCAUCAAGGAGGUCUUCGAAUACUGGAGCCGCAAGAGGAAAAACAGCAAGGGGAACACGCUGAUCUACAACGUGAAGCAGGAGAAACGGGACGGCUCCAGCACCAACGACCCGUACGUGGCCUUCAGACGACGGACAGAGAAGAUGCAAACCAGGAAGGUCAGUGUCUCCACUAACCCUCACAGAGAUCAAUCCUUAAUGGAUAGAUGUGAAGGAGCAGAUCAGGAGGCGUGAGGGUGGUCCGAGUCUGAGGCCUGAAAGAUAUGAUGUUUGAGUCCCAUUUUUAAAACCAUAAAAGAAAGAAGAGAAAGUUAGCGGACAGAAACUCUUAAACUCUCUGAAGUGUUAAACUUGUCUGCUGCACACGGUGUGAGGGGUUUCUUCAUUAAAGCUCAGGUUUUCAUCUGAAGGAUCGAUCUGCCACCAAGUGGUCAGGAGAAGAAAUAACUCAGACCUCAGCAACACUUUUUUAAAUUCCUAAAAACUCUGAAACGCUUUUAAAUCUUUGUCAUUCUGGACUUUCCUCAUAAUAAAAUCUCACUCGUUAUCGUCUUUUUCCCCCCAAACUGCAGAACCGUAAGAAUGACGAAGCGUCCUACGAGAAGAUGCUGAAACUCCGCAGGGAUCUGAGCCGAGCAGUGACCAUCCUGGAAAUGAUCAAGAGGAGGGAGAAGAGCAAGAGGGAGCUGCUGCACCUCACACUGGAGAUCUUUGAGAAGAGGCGAGUCUUUCUGCGCUCCCGCCACAGCGCUGCAAAAUGCAUGAAAAAUAACACCUUAAAGUGUACAACCGCAGACGAGUAGGUUCAAAGAGAGAGAGUCCGACACGGACCCGCGUCGAGUACAUCUGAGACCCGAGGAGAACCAAAGCAGCAGGCUGACCCGUCUCUGUCCUCUUUCCUCCAACAGGAACGUCAUGUCAGACUUCGGCGGAGAGGUGAUGGCCGAGGUCUUGGCUGAGCGGGCGCUGGUGAGGCCGCAGAUCAUCCCUCUGGUCCCUCUCACCAACCAGUACCGACACCAGGACCACAUGGACCUCAAGGACUACAAGUCCAAGGUGAGGCUUUGGAUGGAUUUGAUUCUGGACAUUUCACUGAAGCUUUGUGUCUUUUUGUUUGUUUCUCACAGUUUUUGUUUGUUUUUAACUUCUCUGCUCCCUUCAGCCCGAGAAGUCUGAAGUUCCCCGACAGAAGAGGAAGUACGAGAAGAAGCAGAAGGUGCUGCCUCUGUCGUCAGGAGCCCCUCACCACCAGGGUCCUGUGGUCUUCAAUGCAAAAGACCUCAACCAGUACGACUUCCCCAGCUCAGACGACGAGCCCUUCUCCCAGGUAUGACCCCUGACCUCUCUGACACAGAUGUGAUCAACACUGGACUCUGAUGAGAUGAACUUCUAUCUCUGUAUGAGCCUGAAGAAGUCCUAAAAACUCUUAAAAAGUCUGAAACUGUGACUGUAAACACGCAGCGGCUCUUGUUUUGUUUAUUUGGACCUGAGUGGAAAAUGUCAAAGUGAGAAACUGGACCGAACACCACGACAACAUGACUCCAGACCUUCAUCACAAGGCUCUGAGCUCCACCUCAGACUCGGUCCUGAUAGAACCAAUCAGAAGGGACUGUGUUGGGUUCACGUUAGAGCAAAAACUGACCCUCAGACUGACCUUUGACCUCUGUGCCCACAGCUGCACUCAGGCUCAUCAGAAGCAGAGGAGGAGAACGACCCAGACGGUGCCUACGCCUUUCGCAGGAGGGCAGGCUGCCAGUACUACUCUGUAAGUACCGCGGGCUUCGUUUAUACAGGGGGCAAUAAAGGGGGGCUAGAAAGGUCUCAUUAGAGGGGCCACGAAGAUCUGGUCUCAGGUUUCUGACACCGAGCCUCCUGUUUGUACGCAGACUCAUCAGAACCGCGUGGGGAGCUGGCCGUGGUGUGGACCCUGGGAGGACGGUUUGGCGGAAGCUCGCUUUCGCUACAGUCUCACUACGCUCACUGUGCCGCGGCGCUGCCUGGGCAUGGCUCGGCGCCGCGUGGGACGAGGCGGCAGGUCAGUACGGUUCUUGAAGACUGUUUUUAAGAGGUUCUGGUCCAAAAGCGUGCAGCUAUAACUUCAGUGAUGAAUUAACUAAAUGAUUGACUUUGAGAAUCAGUAAAUGAAGUUCAGGAAAGUUUAAACUCUGAACUCUUGGAGGAACCAGAACAACCGACCCGUCCAAACUCAGACUUAAGCUCCUCCCUCUCCUCUCCUCACAGGGUGCUGCUGGACCGGGCAUACACGGACUUUGACAACAUUUUCCACGGACUGGAUCAAGACAUGCUCGACCUGGCUCUCCCGCCCUCUCCUCCUCCUCCUCCUCCCCCUCCUCCUCCUACAACUACUUCACGCUCGCCGGCCGCCAACAAGUUCGCCAGUACCUCAGAAACAAAUACCUCAGACAGAAGCUCCUCCCCUCUCUCCUCCUCCUCCCCCUCUUCCACGGACCUCAGUCAGAUACUGUUGAAUAUAAAGUCGUGCCGGUGGAGGCACUUUAGACCACGGACACUACCACUACACGAGCUGGACAAUGCCCACCCGCUAUUCAGGAAGUUGAGUCGAGGCCUGAAGCGCUCGCUCUCGGCCUCCACAGGCGGGGGGCAGGCCGGCCCCCAGCGUCCGCCGAGGGUCGUCCCUGCGCCCACGCCCACUGCUGGUAAGUGGAGGAACUUCAGUCGUGACUCUUUAACCUCUAGACCUUAAAAGAGAAAGAAAGAAAACUUUUAUUUUUCACCUUUAGGACAGGGCGGAGUCAGGUCGCAGCAGCUCUUCUUGUUCAGAUCUAUGUGGAAAACAUCUACGUAUUGAUCAUCCACGGAGGAUAGAUAAUAGGAGAAUAGAUGUGACCAGAAACUUCAGGUUCUGUUCUGUCCGCAGAGAGCAGCUGUGGUUAAAGAUCUCAUUGUCCGGGGCAGUAUUUUCAUAAGGUGAUUCAGAGUGGGGGGUUAUAUGAAGCGUGAUCUCUGAGGACGAGCUGUGACUCAUGAGGAGUCGUGGAUCCUGUGAAACCGGGCGCUGAAAGGCUCUCAGGGACCAAGAGGAUCAUCAAUACUGAGGCAGAAAGCCGCGUAAUCGUCUGAAAUGUGGGAACAGACGUUUGAAUCGAUAGAAAAUCUCUAAAGAAAGAUUGAACUGGAGUCACUGGGAUGUAGACCGGACUCACACUGGGAACCACACGUCUGAAAACUUGUUGGUUUUUGUCGUUGUUGUCGAGUUUGUGUCGCUGACGUCAGCGUGUCUCCAAACAGCAGCAGGUGUGUCUGAACACUCCGACAAUAAGAGCCGAAAAUAGCUGCACUAAUAUUCACAUCCUUUCACACUCCCACUGCUUUUCCCAUCAGCGACGUGAUUGGUCCACUGACACGGCUCCUCCCCCUGCUGUUUGACAUGUUUCUGUGUGAGGUGGUUCAUUCAGUCGAGGUGUAGAGUACAGAGGAAGUUUGUCCUCAUGGUUACUCUCCACUGUUUAGGAUUCUGUCAGUAACUGCUGCAGAUGUUUGUUCACACAUGUCACCUGUUGGAUGUGAGUUUUAGCUUCAUUUUUACAGACAGGUAAUUAUUGUUCUCUUAAACGGACACUUACAUAAAGAUAGAAGACCCUGAACUUCAAUGCUCUCUUGAACGUAAACGAGGUAAAUAAACGAGCGAUAUUCCUCAUUCUGGAGGAUCAGGAUUUCUUUGUUUUGGAGCCUCACAGACGCCGCUCUCGUUGCUCCUGAUUGGACGCUUCCAUCCAGAAAUCCACAAAGAAGAAAAGACAGUUUUUGAUUGGUGGACAGGCCGACCCAAACUGAUGUUCUGAUUUGCUUUUUUUUUAAUUUGCUUUUUAGUCUCUGAAAAGAUGAACAUGUUGCUGUGUUUUCAGUGAACUAUCAAAAAUCAAAACAGUUCAGAGGGAAUUUAAAGCCGUCAGCUGAUCCAGAUCUGUCUUACAAACUAAAGUGAUUGUUUUAAUCUUUCCCAGAUGAUGCUUUGACUCUGAAAUCUCUCUCUCUCUCUCUCUCUCUCUCAGCUUUCACAGCCGAACAGUACCAGCAGCAUCAGGAGCAGCUGGCCCUGAUGCAGAAACACCAGCUGGAGCAGAUCCAGCUGCAACAGCAAGCCAACAGCACCCCCACUGCGAACAGCACACAUGUCAGUAUCUAAAGCCGUCACGCUCUCGUGUCUCUGUUCCUGUUUUUUAAUCCCGUCACUGACUUUUCCCUCCUCUGCCUCCGUCAGAGUUUGGCGAAUACGUUGGACCAGGCCAGCGCCCAGUUCGCCGCCUCGGCCCUCGUCACCGCCGAUCAACUGCUGGCUCUGAAAUCCAAGGAGGAGCUGGCCCUGGGAGGCGGAGUCAACGGCGUCCUCUCCCCCUCAGGUAUGAAGAGCCUUGACUUGACGUGUGCGGGGACUUGUCAGGGAGCUGGGCUUAAAGAGAGGCAGCAGGUGAAUAAAGAGGGUCCGGCCCCGCUGCAGGAAGACCACCAACAAGUUUUUCUGGUUCUCGUAAAGCGAUGACUUCCACUAAAGAGCAGCUCUGUCCUCUCUUUACUGAACCUGACCGUUACCUUUGAUUAUAAUCUGAUGAGCCUGUAAAAUCAUGAUUAUUUAAACCAACAGAAACCAGAGUUUGGCUCCUGGAGCAUCAAAAAAACCACAACCACAAAGUUUUUAAAGCGAAACACUCAGAGUGAACUUGACUUACGAGCUGCGGAGCGUUGACACUGAGCAGACAGAGAGGCUGAAGUCAAAAACGACCAUAAUUCAGAGCAGAUAACAGCUCAGAGCAGCAGCAGCAGCAGCUCCUCUAAACCUCCAUAACUGAUGUUUUUUCAGGCUGCAGGAUUCUCAGGAUAAGAGAGGAAAGUGACAGAAUGAGGAUUUUCAUUUAAAGAUCAGUCAGAUUAAAUUAUCGCCGUCCUGCACAGACCAGGUACCUCAGACUGCUGGAGGGUCUGAAUGUGCAGCUGCAGGAGGACACGGGUGACUUCAGCAGCAGCUCCUCCAGGACCCGGUCCUCUCAGUGUAGGGCUCUAGGUUUCAGGGUGGUCCGGUCUCCAAGAACAUUUGAUAAUCUGAACCCUGUAUCUCCAAACCCCCACCCUCCUCACCCAUCACCACCACCCCCUCACCCCCUCCACACCACCCGGCCUCUUCUCACCCCCAGGUGUCUACAAGGGCUUGCACCUCUCAAGCACAGCGUCCCCUUCCCCCGCCACCCCGGCUCCUCCCACCACUACCCCGACACCCGCCCUGCUCCACCCCUGCACCACCAGCUCCACCUCCGCCACCAGUAACAACAACGGCACCGCCCACCCUGCCAACACCACUACCGCCACCGCCACCACUCAGGUCCUGCUGGGAAACAACAACAGCCUCCGUCUGGGCGUUCCCCCGGGAAAGCGCGUCCACGCCCCCCGGACGCUGAGCGCCACCAUGCCGACAUCCGCCUUAAAGCUCGCCCAUGCAGCCGCCACCGCCAACUGUCAGAAACCUAAGGUCACUACAGCCGCAGCCUCGCCGCUGGACAUAGUGCCCAGGUGAGAAAAGGACACACUCAGUGUAGCCGCCAGAUUAACAGGAAGUAAACGAGGUGAUGAGAAAUCACUGCAGGUGGAGUUAGUCUGAAAAAAGGUCGCGAGACAUCAGGUCGUAAAAAUUCAGACGAGUGUUAGAAUGAAAAAGUCUGUUUUAAAAAAGUUUCUGGAAACUUUCUCGUUAAAAUUCAAUCAGCUGUUUGAUGUUUUUCUGCAUCGAUGUUUUUAUUUGAGACUGAAAAAGUCGUUUAAACCUUGAUUUCUACAGAGUCCAUGAUUAGUUUAUUAUUGUGGCUGUUUUAAGAGAAGCUCUUCUCCACCUCAGGAGCUCAUGAUCACUACUUCAUCAUCUGCUCCGCUUGGUUAGGGUUUGUGGUUGAACUGUUCUGAGUUCGUUAUGGUCUGAAAACACCUGAAAUUAGAGGAGAUAAAUGAGGAGGAGAUGAAUCUCUCUGUAAAGUUACUGUAAGAAACAGAAACUCUUAAAUCUGUCUUUGGUAUUUAUGAUUAAUGAUCACGUCUGCAAGUUAAAGUUAAAAGUGAAGAGCUGUGUUGGAUUUAUUAGACCUACAGUUGGUGGUCCAAAACAGUCCAAAAAAAACAGUAUACAGUAACGUGUCAAAGUAAGAGAAGAAUAAGAGUCAUUAAGGCGAUUCAAAAGUGAUUCCACAGAGGGGGGAGGAUGGUCGUGAAUCUGGGCAGAAGAGCAGAAACUUUAAAAUGAAGAAUCAUGAAAGUCUAACGGGCCCGUUCACACCGAGCGCGGGUCAAAUCAUCUACUCGCUUAAUUCGCGCGAAUGAAAAAUAUUUACUCGCUUCAUUCGCGCGAAAGAAAAAUAUAUACUCGCUUCAUUCGCGCGAAAGAAAAAUAUGUACUCGCUUCAUUCGCGCGAAUGAAAAAUAUUUACUCGCUUCAUUCGCGCGAAAGAAAAAUAUGUACUCGCUUCAUUCGCGCAAAAGAAAAAUAUGUACUCGCUUCAUUCGCGCGAAUGAAAAAUAUUUACUCGCUUCAUUCGCGCGAAAGAAAAAUAUGUACUCGCUUCAUUCGCGCGAAAGAAAAAUAUGUACUCGCUUCAUUCGCAAGAAUAAUUUAGUCCAUUAUUAAUCACAAUAAUAAUAACUAUUUUUAUAGCACUUUUAAAAACAGAAGUUUACAAAGUGCUUUGACAAACAGUCGUAAAUCACAGACCAUCAUGGAAAUAAAAACAAAAGCUCAGUUACAAAUAAGGUCUCCAAAUUGAAGGAGAAUUUCAUUUGUCAUAAGAAACCCAGACAACAGAGUGCUUAUAAUCCGUGGAUAGCCACCAAUGCUAAUUUCAACAGUGAUCCUUGCCAAUUCAAUCGGCGGGAUCAAGUGAUAGACAACAGUUUUUCACAACUUACCAGAUAAUCCUCCUCACACACUUUAAAAAAGCUGUAAUAUGAGAGGGGGAGAGUCUACAUCAAGCGUGGUCGGAGUGGACCACAUUCAGCAGAUCGCUGCUUAAGUCCACAACGGCCAUGUAGGCGUCGCCGUGUCUGGGUCUACUCAUAUAGCUGCGCCCAGAUGACGGCCGUUUCCAGCUGUAUUUUUGGGUUACCCGAACCCAAUUUUCCGACCUGUUGGUGAGGGUCGUUACCAGGAUAUCCCCCCAGGAUACCGAUUACAGACGCUCUAUCCCAGCUGCAGAGCGCCUGUCCAUCUGUCUACUGUGAGUAAAAGGGUUUGUGUUUAUAUUUUCGCACCAAUCAACACCUUCCGGUCUGUUUUCGUACGUCACCUGGGAACCUUCGUGGUGAUCGGUUAUCAAAACACGUCUGUUUGCUCAAGUUAAGAUAUUUUAAACUCUCGCGUCCGCUCAAUUUGCGCGAAUAACUCGCCCAGUUCGCAUCAUUCGCGCCGCCGAAGUACUACGAGCGUCUAAUCACGUCUACGCAUUGACUGAACAUGUAGUUGAUGAUUUUACUCAUGUUUGGCGUGAACUCCUCCAUGAUGAUGUAACUCUGUAUCUGACCGUGUCCUCUCUUUGUCUGCAGGGAGAACCACGAACAAGACAAGCCAGCACUGAACAGUCUAUCAGAGAACACAAUGGCCAUGGAGGUUACGUAGCCUCCUGUGAGCUCGCAGCCCGGAGGACCAGGACCUCCUUUGUCGUUGUUUUUUUUUUUUUUUUUUUUCCUUUGUUUUUUUUUUUAAGGUGCUAUGCAUCGUUUGAUAGUCGUGAAAAAAAGUGGCGGCAGAAUGAGCACGGCAAGGCUGGGUUUCCAUAAGAACUGUUUUGGGACUUAUUGCAAUGCUCGUCUCCUCGUACCUUUUCUUUUUUUCUCCCCCCGCCCCCGCUCCCCUUUGUUACUGUUAAUAAGAGAUCGUCUGUAAAUUCUUAAUAUGACAAUUAUAUGUACAGUACUGCAUAUUUGUAAUACCCCCCCUCCCUGACCCCCCUGUUCUUGUAUAUAACAUUACUUGAAUACAGAAAUUGUUCAUUUGUGAUGUUUUGCACUCGAGAUAUUAAAAAAGAAAAUCAAAAUUAAAAAGAGAAAACGACAAACUGCAACUGGUGCGAGUAUGAGGUGUGAGAAAAAUGUAUGUCAUCACAUGCAUGGUGCAGAACCUGCUGUUUGAUCUAUUUAUUGUGCCGUGUUUACAGAGCUUUGUUUUCUUCUCCUCCGUUCAUCAUCCUUUCUUUUUAUAAACACUGUACCCCCCCCUCCCCUCCUCUUUCACCGGCUCCCCUUCGAGUCCGUGUUUAGCUCCAUGAAAACCAUCUGUAUUCUUCUGGAUGUGGUGAACAUGGACGGGUUCUCGGUGUAGAUUCAGGCGCAGGAGCGGCUGUGAUGUGUCUGUGGUCAGUGGGCAUCGGUUUGUCAGUGGGUGAAUCAGCUCUUCCAUACAUUUCUAAUUCCUGAGACAAGUAACAAAACAACGGGGAGGAAGACUCUGCUGCUUCUGACCCAUCUGAGCACUAUGUUUCUGUUGUGAACUGAUUGAUGCUGCUUUUGUAUGAGUUAAGCCUCCAGACGGCGUUAUUGACCCCGCCCCCUCACCUUCAUCCUCAUUUUGUAAAAGGAAUAUUUUUGUAUCGCCCACUUUUUUUAUUUCCAAAUUCUCCACAAAGACGUCAUUCUUUUGUUACUUGUUGAUCUAAAGUUUGAAAAAAAAAAAAGAAAAAAACUUAAGGGAGGAAAAAAAAAUGCAGUAACUGACAUUUAUUAUCAUUCCAGCUUCGACAUAAUAUGGAAAAAAAAAACAACAACAUGUAUGUAUUGAAAGAAAAACAGAAAAAGAAUAAAAAGACGGUUUUCUCUACUUAAAAAAAGAAGAAAAAAAAAAAACCAACUCCAGAAGGCUGUCAGGCCAUGAACCGUUCUCGGUGCCUUCAUUUGGGAAAAAAAAGACAAACCUGAAAAAAGUCGCUCUCUUCUGUGAAGAGUUUGGUACUGAACAAGGCUACUUGUAGUUUUUCUUUGUCUGUACCACAGUCCCAAUGCCCAUUCCAGUGGCCCAGUUGAUUCAUGAGUUUUUGUUUGUUUUUGUAGACCCUCAUACACACACAAACACACACACACACACACACACACACGGGAAAAUACUAAGAACCCUCUUGAAUUGUCACAAAAUGAAAUAAAAAUCCAGGGCAUUAUGUGUUUUGAUCAGUAUGUCUCGUUAUUUGUCGUCUUUGUCUCUCGUGUGUGUUUGGAAAACUGAUCCAGGAGGUUUUUUUUUUGUAAGGGGGACACGAAGUCCUCAGGUCUGACCCUCAGAGCAGCUCAGAGGUGUGUCCUCGCUGCUGUCUUUGUGUUUUUCAGACUGUGUUCGACACACAGACGAGGCUUUGACUCCUCACAGGUUCAUUUAAACAUCGUGUGAAUAUUUUCAGUUUUUCAUAAUCCAGAGAAAAACUUUCAACGUUGUUAUUAAACUUAUUUUAAUCUGUAUGAUUUAAAUCGUAUAGUUUAUAAAAAUGACAAAUCCAUGAUCUGUAGUGUUAAGCUGUUGUCCAGUUCUUGGUGGAGGAUCAUUUACCAUUAAAGGGAUAUUCUGGUGUAAAAUUAAUUUAGGGUCAAACCCACCGUAACACCGAGUUAGACCCCCCCCUCCAGAGAUGAAUGUUGUCGACCGCUUGCUUCUCUAGUUAUACCAACUUUAGUAACGACUGCAGGAUAGAAAUACAGAGAGCCACGCCCCCAACCAAAACGCCACUCUAUAGCCACAAAUAAUGCUCAGAACAGCACCUAACUUCAUCAACAGGACAUAUAGGGUCACAGACAUAGUACUAGACACCAAACAUCUUUUUAACUUUGACUCAUUUCUUUAGCAAAGAGACUAAACACAACUCACCUACUCUCUUCCAGCAGACGCUUGUUUGUAGUGAGACCUCAGGCCAGUCCAUUACGGACUACAGCGGGGUGCCGCAGCUCAAGGAAGAAAAUUUAUGAUCAUUUCUUUAUCAUUUCCUUGAAGUAAUAAUCACCAUAUUAAUCAUUUUUCAGACGCUGUAGUUCUUCUGUCUUAGCGUCUCGGUCUGAUUGUAUUUCCAUGAAGAAAUGAUCAUAAAUUAAGUUCUGCAUCAGUGUGGUGCAGCAUGAUGGUGAUGUUGAGGACUAGGGCGCUCUAAAAGAGGCCUUCAGCUGGUCAGUUGUUUUGGGUCAGCUGGUUCUUACAGCACCUUUCAGGUCAGGAGAGUUGACCAAUCAGCUGACCGUUCUGGAGUAGUUCUGGUUCUGUGAACAGGAGCCUCUAAGUCUACUUCCUGUUAGACUUGAGACUGUGUCGAUUCUGGACUUGGUCAAACACAGCAGAUGACCUGACACCCCAGACCAUCAAACUUCAGGCUCUGACUCCUGAUUUCUAAAUGAACUGAGACCUUGGAGUGCUGAGCAACAGUCCAGUUCAUACCCCCGAUUUUCACCGCAUCCGGAAUGACAGAGAUUGUCACCAUCUGACAAUUCCUACCGGAUCAUUUCUGAGGUGAAUUUUUCGGCAGAUUAUGGAUAGCAGGAAUCUCGUACUCACAAGAACCUGCAGAUUCAUGUUCAAUCACGCGAUAACAAGUUGUCUCUCUAAAGACAGACACAUAGACAUAUAGGCAGUAGAUUGUGUCCUUCCAGAGGAGGAAAUCUACUUCUAGACUUCUAGAAUCAGCAUCUCCUCAUCCAUGGUGUCAUCAGGGUGAAAUGACGUCUAAAAAUCUUUCACUUGUUCGUCUCCGCCCGUUUGCAUGGUGUGAAAUACGAUCCUCCUGAAACACGGAGUGUUUUAUUUUGAAAAGAAGCCGGAUGUUUUAUUUUGUGUCUGUGCCCGACUUCCUUUCCAGCACGGGUUAAUCUGUGCUGAAUUUAUCUGCCAUGCUCCGGCGUCCAGAAAAAAUAGAACUGUUUGGAAUUCAGAAAAAACUGUUCUGAAUUUGUGGGUAAGUCUGCAUGUCUGAGGUUAGACUCUGGUUCAGGGCUGGUCUUAAACCUGGCAGCUGAAUCCCCUUUAGGAGAACUCCUGUAAUAACUGUUUGCUUAUUAAAAAUGAAUUUCGGUCGAUUUCAUAAAUGUCUUAAAAACUCCUGAUCUUGAAGACGUCCCCUUACACUUGAGUUCAGAUCUGUGCAGACAGACUGAUCUUCACAGUGAGUGUUGUGGAGUUCGUGAUGAACAUGAGAUCUGUUCAUUUUAAUGGUGCGUUUUGCAGGAUGGUGCAGCGCUGACUAAAAACCUCCACCCUGCUGCGCUGCAGUGUAACACUCGAGGUCGUUUAAUAACAGAGCAGAAAAUCAUGUUUGUAUUCCGCGUUUGUCGCUGCCCUCCUGCAGCUCUAUAUUCAUUGAAGUGAACAGAAAUUGGUCAGGAUAAGAGAUGAUAUUAAAAUGUAAAUUUUACCUUUUAAAUGCAGGAAAAAAAAGAGGAUAAGAGCUGGAAAAUAAAUCAGCCCAACUCCCACAGAGAGGCUGUGUUUACGUCGGCCUCACACUGGAUCAUAUUUGAAUCUUUGCCUGUAAUUGCUUGUCUCAGAAAGAUAGAAGAAAGUGAGAAAAAGUGUAAAUGCAAACAGUUUCUGAAGAGAUAUGAGGAAAGCUCAUUUGUAUUCCUCUGAAAAUGUGCAUCUGCAGGCAAUAAGUUUCUGCAAGAGCUGUUUUAAAACCCUGGAAAGUAAUAAAUCUUUGCUUUAAAUGAUGAAACACCGACAGGAGGAGGAGGAACGUCUCUGAGGAAAGUGAGUUUAAAGAAGAGGAAGAACUUCACUGAGGCUGUACCAGAGGAGGCUUUAGAUGCUGUUCACACCUGAUCUUCAGUCCUGGAGAUCAGAUCACAUCCUUUCCCUCCAGAGAUGUCUUUGACCUUCGACCAAUCACAAUCAAGUAUUCAGUCACGUCUGAUAAGGUGAAUCAACAUUUGCUUUAAAACAUGAAUUAUGGAUGUCGACUUCAUCUCUUUAAUUGCGGACUCAGUCUGAAGAUAAUGACCUUUUUUCCUGCCUGUGAUGAGUUUCCACUUUGAUGGCGGUCUCUGACAUCAGUGGCGUUUACUCCCGCUGUUAUAAAAGCGUGUUUGAUGACACUGGAUUGAGGUUGUUUUUUUAUCAAGCUCCAUCAAAAGCAGCAGAGAGCCGCUCAUAAAAGAAGCUUUCACACCACGGCACCACGGAUCGGAGCGUCAUGUUUUCGGACUCCAUCUCCACAGGCCGCCUUUGUGUCUUCAUCGACACUCGCAGCUUUCAAUUAUCAGGAGACCUAAUGAAGAGCAGACACUCUCCGACUCUGUGGACACACAGGUUCAUUAAGGCUGAUGAGUCAGAGCAAGGAGAGAGAGGAAGGUCGUCCAGAUGACGGUCCGCUUUGUCAAGAGUGAACCAUAGACUGUAUCUAGAAUGGACGCCAUCUGCCUCCUCGCUGGGUGAAGCCACUUUGAGAACAGCGCCCUCUGGUGACGGGCUGCAGUAAAGGUCAUAAAUCCUACCUGCUCCAGCAAGCCCCGCCCACAAACAGUAAUACAUAAAUAAUAUAACUAAUAACUAUUGACUGAUAUGAAAAGCUUUUUUGUAAAUGCACCACAAAAAAGAAAUCAGCCGCCAACAUGACCCGGUUCUGUACAUCUCAUGUUCCCUCAGAGGGCGGCAGGAUGAGGAGGGAUUAUUGGUGACUGGGUUUUGCCCUUAGAGUGUAUGUCUGUGUUUGUGUACUUGUCAGCGAUGGAAAAGGAGGACACUUUCUGUUCAUUUCACUUGUUCAUACACUCCCUUAUUCCAGCUGUGUGUGUGUGUGUGUCCUAACUCGUAGUUACAGAGGGAUUAUUGUGGGUCAUCAGAGGUCACAUCCUCCUCUCUUAAUCUGUAUUUUUCUGCUUUAUACUCAGAAACUCGCUCGACCUCUGUGGUGCUCUGAUGCAGCUGUACUUUUAUGUCCGUAAAACAGAAAAUUGGACCACGUGUUGACGCUCUGCAGAAAUUCUGAUUUACCUUUAAAGUUUGGAAAAUUGUAUCCUGAAAGUGAAAAAUGUUUAUUGGAACUGUGUUUUUAACUUUGACUCAUUUCUUUAGCAAAGAGACUAAACACAACUCACCUACUCUCUUCCAGCAGACGCUUGUUUGUAGUGAGACCUCAGGCCAGUCCAUUAUGGACUACAGCGGGGUGCCGCAGCUCAAGGAAGAACAUUUCAGCUGUCCUCAUAAAACAUAAAAUGACAUUUUCAGUUUCUGUCGUCUCUUAUGACAACAUUUAGAUUUUAAGUGAUUUGCAAACCUUAAAAAUCUGUUUCAUAAACAUUUACAGUCUCUUUUAGGGCUGUAAAAUGACUUAAACUUACAGAUCACUUAAACUCUUUAAAAAUUUGAUUAUGACUUCAAAAUGUAUGAAACCACUUCAGCUCUCAUUGUUUGGUCGUAGGCCUCAAACCGGCAGCAUCAGCAGUCAGUCGGUUCCCUGGAUUUAAUAUUUUAAUCUGUAGGAUUAGAAGAUCCCACAGAUGUUUGAGGAACUCCAGAUUUGAUAUGAGUGUGUGGAGAUAUUUUUAUAGCACCAGUGUGUGUGCAUGUGUGUGGUUCUUUGUGUGUUUGUUGUAAACUCUGUGGACUGUUGAUCUGGGAGAGUCGUUGAAGUCUGAUGCCACCUAGUGGUCAAACUCCUGAAGUGCACUAAGCUUCUUUAACUGGAUGGUUUAUGGGGAGUUUUCUGACGUUUUCUUCUCAAACCUGUUUUCCCUCUUUAUUAAUUAGACCCAAGGGGUAAACCCACCCAGGCACUAUUGUUAUAUUAUCGAUCAAAAUAUGCAGUUUGAUCAGGAUCUGUGUUCUAUUACUUUUCUCUAAUAACAAAGUUGUUUAAUUGUUUGGAGAUCCCAGAGAAAACCUGGUCUGUGAGCUCUGAACUGAAAAACUAGAGUUGUAUGUGUUCUUGAGAAAGGGACAAAUUACUACCACGAUGAAAAUCAAUGUAAAAAUGACGAAUCAAAUCUGCAUCGGGGGCAAAAAUAGUCUGGAUGCUGGUCAGACUCUUCU